CUGAUAAAUAAAUUCUUACCUUUGCUUUCAGUAACCACAACAAGUCAAGCAAGGAUGGCUUUGAAGAUGUUGAGGGAAAACAAGAACAGAUUUGAUUUGGUGAUAAGUGAUGUCCACAUGCCUGACAUGGAUGGAUUUAAGCUUCUCGAGUUUGUUGGUCUCGAAAUGGAUCUACCCGUCAUCAUGUUAUCCGCAAACGGAGAUCCAAAGCUCGUGAUGAAAGGUGUCACGCAUGGAGCUUGUGACUAUCUCGUGAAACCCGUUCGUAUAGAAGAGCUGAGGAACAUAUGGCAGCACGUGAUUCGCCGGAAAAAGAUUGACCCAAAAAAUCACAAUAAAUGCAAUGACCAAGUCAAAGUAGGUGUCGAAGGUCAAGGCUCCCCGUUGACCGGGAACACAGAUCACAAUGGAAAAUUCAAUCGGAAGAGAAAAGACGAGGAGGACGAGAGUGAGGAGAACGGGAAUGAAAGUGAGGACGCUGGUACACAAAAAAAGCCGAGGGUAGUUUGGUCAAUCGAGCUUCACAGGAAAUUCGUUGCUGCCGUGAAUCAGUUGGGCAUCGAGAAGGCUGUGCCUAAGAGGAUUCUUGACUUGAUGAAUGUUGAAGGGCUCACACGAGAAAAUGUGGCUAGCCAUCUUCAGAAGUACAGGCUGUACCUAAAAAGAAUAAGUUCGGUCCAGCAAGCAAACAUGAUAUCUGCCUUGGGUGUUAAUAAAGACAAUAAUACCCCCUUCAUGCAUGGAAACUAUAAUCUUGACGGGCUCGACAGUUUCCGCCUCUCCAAUGUCCCGUCUUUCACGUCAAAUGCAAUGCUCGGCCGAUUAAACACCCCCACCACUAACCUCAACCUCCGUACUCUUGCUAACGUGAGCCACUCUCAAAACUUGACAAAAAUGCCCCUCCUACUCCCCUCCACCAAUCAGAAUGCGAGCAAUUUGUUUCACGAGCUCCCCCACAAAGGCACGUCCUCGAAUUUCAACCCAAAUAUUGACAGCUCGCGGAUUUUCGCUAACGUGGGCACGUUUUCUGAUUUGGGACCCGCCAUUAAUGGUAAUAAUGGAGGAUUUGGAAAUCAGGCACUUCACACAAUGGGCUCGUUCGGCCCGGAAUCUUUUAAUCCGGGCCCGUCUAAUUUACACCAAAAUAAUAAUAAUGAUAAUAAUAAUCAUCUGCUGCCGAACGAGACGUUUGGUAAUCCUCAAAAUGAUGCUUUUUUCAGUAGUGAUCCGAUUGAGGUGUCAUCGGGAAUGGUUCCAAGUAAUAAUAGUAAUUUUGGAACUUUGAACGGGAUUGUGUCUCAUUUGGGACAGAAUAGUGGGAUUUUAAGCCAGAAGAUGGAUAUGCUUUUGAACAGGAGAUUGAGUGGAAAUGAGAAGCCACAAGUGGAAGAGUUGAGGAUGAGGUCUAAUGAGGAUUUUCUCAUGGAACAACCAUUUGUUCAGCAGAGUUAUGAUUCGUUGGAUGAGUUGAUGAAUGCUAUGAUCAAAAGGGAACAAGAUGAAAGCAUGCUGAAUUGCGAGUUUGGGCUUGACGAUUACUCUUUCGGACAA